AUGAGCGCGACAGAGAGUGUACAGACUGCGGGAGAUGCGUCGAGUAGGAUUGAGCUUCCUGGCUACUUUGAAGACGUUCAACUAGACGACCUCGUCGUCCUCAUUGCGGAUCUACUGCAACGCAUGAUAGUUCACAACGACCACCUUCCCCUUUCUCCUGAAGGACUCACUCGAUUUCACUCCCGCUCCACUCCUGCAAUCUCCGUGCUGGACUAUUUGCGUAGGAUCGUCAGAUAUGUCCGUGUAGAGCGUUCCGUGCUGCUCCUCAUGCUCCGUUCCAUCGACCAGAUCUGUGCUCGUCGUCCGAGCUUCAAUAUUUCGUCUCUCAGCGUACAUCGAUUCAUAAUUGCGUCUAUCACGAUCCUCUCAAAGACGUUUUGCGACGCCUUUUCUCCCAAUCCCUUAUUCGCCAAAGUCGGCGGUGUUAGCCUCAUAGAACUUAACCUUUUGGAACGAGAGUUUCUAUCAGCCAUGGACUGGAGAUUGGCGUGCACACGCGAGGUCCUACACAACUACUAUGUCAAGCUUGUGCGAACCCAUAGUUCUGGUCGCUAUUUUGUUCCAGAUACAUCUCCCCGGCCUGCUCCUAUCGACACGCUGCCGUCGGACCAGAUUGAAUGGAACGCACAUGGGGCAUCACUCAGCUCGUCAUCGUCCUCGCUGAGCACCCAACGUCCCCAAGCCGGUAUCUCGGCUAGUCAAGCUGAAGAAGACGAUUCGUCGUCGGACGAAGAAGACUCGUCGCCAGCAAUGGCUACGGACAUCCGACGACGCAUCCCAUCUCAAACAAGCUCCAAUUCCAACGGCACGCCUCUUGGGAAUGGCAACACUUCCCGAAUAGGCCACGUUCCAUCUUCCUCUGCGACGCUUGAGCAAAACGUCGCCUUUAUGGAGUUGAGGUCUCUGGGGAAUCGCACCAUGGCAUCUUCUCCUUCACAUAGCCAACCUUCAGGCUCUAGAAACUCGCCAGUCAAUGUUCCCACAGCAACACGGUCGCCGCUGACCACAUUCCGAUCUCCCACCGUCGGACGAAGGCGCCGUCGGUCUAGUUCACGAUCGGAGCAGCCACGAGUCGCAAACGCGCUCCUUGAUCUUCAAGCUUCGGACCCUGGUGCCGUCGAAGGCCUCUUGCGCGGCUCGCGACGUCGGCGUUUACACCUCGAGGACGAGGAUCGUCGGAUGGAAGUGGAGCCAGGAACUCCCGUCUGA